GGAGAAGUACAUUCAUGAGGUAAUAUAUUAAUAUUAAGGUAUGCAUUUUAAGAAAUUUGUGCUAUAUUUUAACUAAGUAACUAUUAUAGUUAUUUCAUUGGGGUGCUCUUAUUGUCUAAAAGCACAAUUUGUUACAAUACACCUCCAAAACUUCAGCUUGGCAUUUUCACAAACACUUUGUAGACUUUCUUUUAAACUUCGACGCUGCUACGGUUUGGGUCCAAAAAAACUAGUUCAUAACGAAGAGCAUGCAACUUUACAGGGUUUCCCAUGAUGGGUUUUCCCGGAUAUCUAUGAUAAGAAGAAACUGGCUCGAAGAAUCUUUGUUCGGGUGGUAUUCACACAACCAGAGCCGAUUCAUGACCACCAGUAAACGGGUCCAAGAUCGAAGCAAGACCAAGAGAGUUCAUGAUCUCGAAAUAGUGACAGAGAAGUGGAAGAUAGCUUUCAAGGCUUUGUUAUUAAUGGAGGUUCUGAAGCAGGAGCCUGAAAUGGUGAUCCCAGUAAGGUCUCUGCAACAGUACCGGAGGCAGAUUAAUCUUCCAAAGCCUCAUAAGGUCUCUGAUUUUAUUCGAAAAUCGCCUAAACUUUUUGAGCUGUACAAGGACCGAAAAGGGGUUUUGUGGUGUGGGAUGACGAAAAGAGCAGAGGAUUUGGUUGAAGAGGAGGAGAGACUGAUCAAGGAACAUGAAGAUAAGGCUGCUGAGCAUGUCACUCGACUACUAAUGAUGUCAGUUGAUAAACGCAUUGCAUUGGAUAAGAUUUCCCAUUUCAGGAGAGAUUUUGGCUUGCCUGUUGAUUUUCGAACAAAGUGGGUUCACAAGUAUCCUCAAAACUUCAAGCUGGUUAGCAGUGAUGGGGUUCAGUUUUUGGAGCUUGUUGAUUGGAAUCCUGCUUGGGCAAUAACAGAGUUGGAGAAGAAGGUAAUGGGGAUUACUGAGCUCACUGAUCAUACCCCGGGAGUGCUUUCGCUUCCCUUUCCAUUGAAGUUUCCACCUGACUACAAGAAAGUUUAUAGAUAUGGAGGAAAGAUAGCACAUUUUCAGAAGAGGUCUUACUUGUCUCCAUAUGCCGAUGCCAGAGGACUUGAGGCUGGUUCACCUGAGUUUGACAAGAGGGCGAUUGCGGUUAUGCACGAGCUGCUUAGCUUCACCAUUGAGAAGAGAUUGGUUACUACUGAUCAUCUUACACAUUUUCGAAGAGAGUUUGUUAUGCCUCAGAAGCUGAUGAGACUUCUUUUGAAGCACUUUGGGAUUUUCUAUGUUUCGGAGAGAGGGAAGAGGUUUAGUGUGUUCUUGACUGAAGCUUAUGAAGGUUCUGAGUUGAAGGAGAAAGGUCCUUUGGUUCUGUGGAAGGAGAAAGUCCAGAGCUUCACUGGUUACAGAGGAAAGAGGAAGAACUUCGAAUGUUUUGAUGGCGAAUCGGACAUGGAAGAGAAAGAAGAAGAUCAUGGCUCGAUCAAGAGUGAUUCUGAAAAUGAGAGCAGUUGUUUAGAACUUGAGGAAGAUGAAUGUGCUAGUGAUUUAGAGGAGGGUUUAGUAGCUGAUAAUGAAAUGGAGAUUGAAGAGGUUUGCAAUGCGUACAAGGAGGAUGUAUGAAAGUCUUUAGUAUAACAAUUGAUUUUAUUAACAGAUUACUUUUCUCAGAAAAAUGUAGCUAGACAGAACAGAAAAUAUGAGCUAAGCAAUGAAAAAGAUAAAAGGGAAAAUGGGUCAGUUUGAUGUAUUAAUAAUAUACAUUCAGAUUCUGAAAAA